CACAGGCAAGCACACACAGCCGGACGCCGCAGGGCAGUGAGGCUGCGAAGCUAUCAUCUGGACGGCUACGAAGCUAUCAUCUGGACGGUUUCGAUGCAACGUGCGUCUGGAAGGAGGACUCGAAAAAUGCUGGUGGACCGCUGGGGAGACCUCUUACAGAUGCUGGAGACCUUCGUCCGGGGCACGCUCAACUCGGCAAGUUGUGCAAGCAAACUGUACAUCUUCGGCGGCAACGAGGUCCGAAUGCUUCAGUCCUCAAGAAGGCCUUCGCCCAGCAUGAGACAUUCCACAGCGUGCAGAUGUACGACCUCUCUAAAGGAGACCUUCAACCGUGCAAGUCUUGUACGUCCUCUCUAA